UUGGUACUUAGAACCGUUAAUACUAUGGCUUCUACGGACUCGAAAGAUAUCCCUAAAGCAGUUUCUUUAACGAACAUCCGCAAUUCUUUGAUUUCUCAAGAAGACACUAUUAUUUUUGAUCUUUUGGAACGCGCAAAGCUGAAGACUAAUGAUCUAAUUUACGAAAAGAAUGGAAUCCCAGAGCUGAAACUUCCCGAACGGUGGAAUAGUUUCUUAAUGUUUAUGUUGCAUGAACAUGAAAAGCCAUAUGCUCUUGCAAGACGCUACGCUCAUCCGGAAGAAUAUCCUUUCACUGAUGAUCUUCCCGAACCUAUUUUACCCAAGUUGCAACACGAAACCGUCUUGCAUCCCAAUACCGUGAACGUAAACAACGAUAUUUUGAACUAUUACAUUCAUUCCAUUGUGCCCAAAAUCUGUGAAAAGGGCAUUGAUCCUGACAACUACGGUAGUACGGCUGUCUGUGACAUUAGCUGUUUGCAAUCUUUGUCACGCAGAAUUCACUAUGGCAAGUUCGUCGCCGAAGCUAAAUAUCGUCAGAACCCGGAGUUAUACAAGAAGCUUAUUCUUGCUCGCGACAUUAAGGGCAUCGAGGAUGCUAUCGUAGACAAGAAGCAGGAACAGCGUGUCUUAGACCGCUUGCACUACAAAGCUGCUACAUAUGGUCGUGAUCCAGCCGAGCCUGACAAGCCCAGUGACCGAGUCACGGCUGAUGUCGUUGUUAGUAUUUAUCGCGAUUAUGUGAUUCCAAUGACGAAGAAGGUUGAGGUUGAUUACCUUCUUCAACGUCUCGAGUAGAACCAAUGUUCAUAGUUGUUUUUGAUCUCAUUGAUGAAAUGAUAGUGCAAAAGUCAUUUCGUUAGAAUUUUUUUUCUUAUAGAUACAUUUAGUGCUGCUUCAAGUAAAGUUUCAUUUGGGCACCUGCGCGCUUGAGUCCACAUUUGUGAUAGAACUCAACAUUUUCUUCAUCACAAUCAAGAAUUACUUUAUAGCAAUCAAGAAUUUUGGCCAAAUCAAUUAAGAUUGUGAG